CAGGAGGGGGAGCAAGAGUUUGAGGAGUGAGUGCUCUUGGUCAGCUUUAAACACUCUUGGUGUAAAGACGGAGUAGCUGUCAGAGACCGGAGCGUUGCGACAGAUGGACAGAGCGUCUUUGUGAAGUAGUGGAUUUAAAAUGCAGCUAGGCCACGCUUUUUUAAAAAAAUAUAACGUAAUCGUCGGUUUUAUAAAGCGUGCCGGAUUAAACUGUAGCGUGUGACCGACGACGCGCUACAUCGUAACUUUUGUUCCGAUGUCCAAUGCUGACGGACGGCUCGUCCAUCUGUCUGAAACAAAAAAUAAACUAGUCCAGACAUGAGCACGGUUCCUCUGGUGUUUUGGGACCAGUUGCAGGCUGGCAGCUCCGAUGUGGACUGGUGUGAAGGAAAUUACCUCAUUUAUCCCAGCAUCGCUGAAUUCUACAACACGAUCAGCAACAUUUUGUUUUUUGUUUUGCCGCCCAUAUUAAUGUGCUUGUUCCACCAAUAUGCAACACAUUUCAACAGUGGGAUUUACCUCAUAUGGAGUCUUCUGGUUGUGGUUGGUAUUGGAUCAACAUAUUUUCAUGCCACUCUCAGCUUCCUUGGCCAAAUGCUGGAUGAAUUGGCCAUUUUAUGGGUGCUCAUGUGUGCCAUUGCCAUGUGGUUCCCAAAGCGGUACCUACCCAGGAUAUUCAGGAGGAAUCGGUCAAAGUUCAAAGUGGUCAUUGGGAUCUUGUCAGGAAUCACCACGGGGCUGGCCUUCGUUAAGCCCGUUGUCAACUCUUUGUCACUCAUGACUCUGGGCAUUCCCUGCACUGUGCUGCUCAUUACGGAGCUGAAAAGGUGUGAAAACCCACGUGUAUUCAAGUUGGGCCUGAUCUCAGGGGUCUGGUGGGUGUUGGCUCUCCUUUGCUGGAUCAGUGACAGGAUAUUCUGUGAAAUGUGGUCAUCUGUCAGCUUUCCUUACUUGCACUGUUUCUGGCACAUCCUCAUUUGUCUGGCAUCCUACUUGGGUUGCAUUUGCUUCGCCUACUUUGAUGUGGCGACGGAGGCUCCAGAACAAGGCCCUGUUAUUAUGUUCUGGCCCAGUGAGAAGUGGGCCUUCAUCGGCGUGCCCUACAUCACUUUGCUCUGUGUCCACAAGAAGUCGACUAUCAAGGAGACAUGAGGUGACUCACGUUUGCCCUUCUGGUUUCCUUUCACACUUCCAGGAUGUCUCCUGAAAACAUGGACAAACAUUACGUCAUGCUGUUUUUGUCUGUCUGUGACCCUUGGCAAAUUCUCUGGAGAUAUUAUGAGACAGAGAGACUUUUUUAAAUAAUAUUGUAUGAAAGCCAACAAACCAUCCCAAAACCGUUCUUAGGUUUUGCACAAGAGUGAAAGUAUUAAACAUGACAGG